GCGACUGCAUUGCUUGUGACAUGUAGACAAACUACACUUGAACCUCAGUGCUAUGUCCCGAGACAGGUGCAAUCUACCAGACCGAGCUUCUGUAAAUUUAUAGCGCUGUAGACUUCAGUUGUUGAAGAACGCUCGUUUUCCUCAAGACCACCGGUAUUCGUAUUCGACUGUCAGUAUUGAGAUAUUACUGCGCGACUUUCACUUAUACUUGUCUCUACCGCAACAGCCACACGCUAGAAGGAGCUAUCGACGGCGAAGGCCUUUCCAGGAUCAUGUACCAAAGCGAAGAUGCGGCUGCUCCUGCCGAGUAGUGACAAAGCCUCGGACCUAGCCAUUCUCAGGCUCUUGGAAGGCGUCAGAGCAAGUCGAAAACGGUCAGUAGAUGCGUGAAACGUGCUGACAAGCCACCUCCGUCAUGGAAACAACCGAUGGUACCCAACAAGCCCCGCCUCUCGCCGCAGAGACAAUGGUCACCUUCGUUCCGUCUGAUGAACCGGAUAUGAUGUCAAUGACCCGCACGGAGUUAUGGAUGGCCUGUACGGGCAUCCUCAUGUCAUCGCUGGGCUUCUUCUGCGUCUGUCUGGGUCUCUCGUACCGGUUCCUGGUGGUCACCCUCGUGGGUUACGUCAUGGCGCCCGUCGGAGUGGUCGUCUUCGUCGCGUUCCUGUUCCUGUACCAGACGAGUCGCCGAAUCAAGUGCCUGACGGAGCACGGUUCAUCGUCGUCGUCGUGGAAGUACGACAUAGUCAGCAGCAACCAGAUCGAUCCCAGAGACGUGCCAAUGGUGGCGGUGCGCACGGCGAAUGGCUUCAAGACGGUCGUCGGGAUGACGGAGCAGGCGGCGUCACUCCGCGCUCCAGAUGUGGUAGACGGAAGUGUUAACCGCCUUCGGGAUAGUCACGUGUGACGCUUUCAGUGUUUCCUGUGCAAUCGCUUUCUCACAA